AUGAAUCAGUUUAAACAUGUUUUUGAUGAUGAUGACGAUAUCGAUAUAUUUACCACAUCAAUACCAAAGGAUAUAGAUAUAGAUGAGAAUGAAUAUAAUAUUAAAAAAAAUAAUAAUAAUAAUGUAAAUAAUAGUGUAAAUAAUAAAGAAGUAAAACAACAACAACAACAAAAAGAAGAGGAAGAAGAAAAUAGAGAGGACGAUGAUUAUGAUGACUUUAACGAUAAUAAUCUAAGUGAUGAUGAUAAGCCACAUAGCAGGAAUGAAAAUGAAAAUGAAGACGAGGAGAAUGUCGACAAGGUUGUAGAUCCACUAGAUAGUCAAUCGCAAUCUUUAGGUUUAGAUAUGUAUAUACCAUCAGAUGACACUCCUGCUAAUCAACAAGAUGACAAUGAUGACUUUGAAUUUGAUUUCUUGGCAGAUAAAGAUUUACUACCAAACAUACCACCGGUAGAUCAAUCAAAUUCAAAUUCAAAAUAUAAAUCGAUAUCAAGUAGAAAACGUACAACAUCAACAACGGCAAAAUCAACAUCUACACCAAAAUCCAAACAAACUAAAUCAACUACCUCAAAGAGUAAAUCAACACCUAAAUCAACAACGAAAAAAGCAACAACAACAACAACAACAUCAACAAAACCAAAGCGUAUUACACCAUCUUUUAAAAUUGUUAAAGGAACAAACUUUUUAGUUGAUGGUUUUCAAUAUAAAUCAGAAGAUUAUAAACAUUAUUUUCUUAGUCAUUUUCAUUCGGAUCAUUACACUGGUAUUACAAAGACAUGGAAAUUCGGACCAAUCUAUUGCUCUUUCGAGACAGGAAAGCUGGUCUACACGAAACUAGGUGUCGACAGUGAAUAUAUUAAAGCGAUGCCGUGGAAUACCUUUAUGAAGAUCGAGAAUGUAAAUGUUGCGAUCUUGGAUGCCAAUCACUGUCCGGGUGCAGCGAUGUUUUUGUUUUGUGUGGACGGCGAGUACACGCUGCACACCGGUGAUUUCCGUUACAAUUCGAAAAUGGCAGACUAUCCGCUGUUGAGAGAUAUCAAGCUGACGCGACUCUAUCUCGACAACACGUUUUGUGAUCCGCAGUACGUGUUUCCACCGCAACAACAGAUUGUCCGAGAGGUUGCCGAUAUAGUGGCGCGAGAGAACGACGGACGAACACUCUUCUUGUUUGGAGAAGAUAUUGUUGGAGGUGGCACGACGACAGAAAACGAGAAUACACGUGAGCAAAGAGAAACACCAGAUUCUCAGUUGUUUAGAUCUGGACAUCGAUAA